AUGGUCCGUUCCAUGCUUCAUGACGCACACAUGGACAAAGGAUGGUGGGGUGAAGCCGCUCUCACUGCUGCCUAUCUCCGAAAUCAUGCCAUUAGUCGGGGUGGUUCAACUUCUAAGACUCCCAUAGAACUAUGGACCGGUGCACGUCCAGACGUAUCACACCUCCGCAUCUUUGGUUCACCCGUUUCAGUCCUCAUUCCUCCGCAACGGCGCUCUAAGCUCGACAACCGAAGCACGGCCGGCAUCAUGGUUGGAACCUCCAUCGUCAUCUCCACCACCCAUAUCAUCAUCUCCGCCUCCUCCCCCACCCCCUUCCCUCUCAGCCCCAACCUCCCCUCCCUCUCCUUCACCACCCAUGCCCUCUUCCACCACCCUCCUCCUACCAUCUCCAACUCUGCCCGCACCAGCCACCUCUUCUCCUCCUCCUUUGUUUUCCAACCUUCCUCUGCCCUCGACGCCGCAAGACUUCCGCCUUCCAUCCCUCUCCUCUCCUUCUUCAGCUCGUCCUCCUCCUUGCACCUCUAG